CCCACGCUUCCCUAUUAUAGGAACACUCACAGAGGAUUCUGCUCUCCCACUUAUAAUUAUCCAGAAGGAAAACCAAGAUCUUCUUCUUCUUUGAUGAUGUAAAUGUCAUUGUCUGCUUCUUACUGGCUCUUCUACUUCCAUUUCUACUUCUACCUGUAGUUCUAGUUCUUAGUUUCUACUGUACCUGGUGUUGAUUUUUUUCUGGGGAGAAAUUAUCGGAAGCUAGGCAUUAUGGUUACAUUGAAAACACCUGAAAAAGAAAAUGGGUUUCGUCCCAAUUUUAAGAGGCCUAGAGUUUAUGCAGUUCGAAAUUUCCCUGAAGGUUGUGGACGAUUUGUGGCUCGAGUGCAGCCAAGUGAAUGUGAAGAGGGUGAUGAAGAUAUGAACACAUUACCAGGGAAAAAUCGCUCCCUGCCUAGUCCUCGAGUUGAUGUUGAUGUUGUUCGAGAUUUUCCUAAAGGUUGUGGACCGAUGGUAGUUUCUUCUUUGAAAGAUGCUGAAGAGAAGAGUUUGGUUCCAGACGUUAAAGAAUGCGAGCAGCGUGUUGUUGGUCACAAGUUGAGUGUUGCAAGUGUGGUUGAUAAAGCUCAUAACAAGGCGAAGAAAGCUUUGGCUGCAUAUCAAGAAAAGAGUUUGGUUCCAGACGUCAAGGAUAAAGAAUGCGAGCAGCGUGUUGUUGGUCACAAGUUGAGUGUUGCAAGUGUGGUUGAUAAAGCUCAUAACAAGGUGAAGAAAGCUUUGGCUGCAUAUCAAGAGACUUUGAUUGAGAUGGGUGGAGAAUGCGAUGCUAAUUUCAACAGACUAAAGGGUUGGAAAUUGUAUGUUGAAGCAGCAAUGUAUCUUAAGAAGAAAGAUAAAUGGGUUAACACGACGAAACAAACAGGGGACAUUCCAGGAGUGAAGGUUGGUGACAAGUUUCGGUAUAGACCUGAAUUAGCUAUUGUUGGUCUUCAUAGUCACUUUCAAUGCGGUAUUGAUUAUAUGACAGAGGACGGGGAAAUGAUUGCCACAAGUAUUGUUGAAUCUGGCCGCUAUGCGAACGAGACAGAAUCACCUGUUGUCAUGAUAUACACAGGUCAAGGUGGAAAUCCAAAGGUUUCAAAAGGGGAACCAAUAGAUCAAAAGCCCGAGCGUGGAAACCGUGCACUGAUGAAUAGCAAGGCAACAGGAACUCCUGUGAGGGUAAUCCGGAGCUAUAAAUUUCGGGAGGAAUCUGGUUAUGUUUAUCAUGGUCUCUACAUUGUGGAUAAUUUUUGGCGAAAAAGAGGAGAUUAUGGCAAGUUUGUGUUUAAAUUUUUGUUGAGGAGGAUUUCGGGUCAACCAAAACUCACACUUUGCAACAGUUGAGAUGGUGAUGCCAACAUGAAGAAUUGUUGUUGCUGCUGAUUUAGUGUUUAGAGGAUGUUUUGAUGAAGGUUAGUGGAAGGAAUAUAUGAGUACAAAUUGUUGUUGUAGCUCAUUUCGAAUGCAAGUCAAACUCUUUCUAGUGAAUAUAGAAGUAGACUACCUACUUUUAGACUGGGAAAUAUGUAUAUAGUAUCAAGAGCUUAGUAUAAAACACUGAUAGGUGUUUGUUGCUCUCUUUUGAACCAAUCUCAGUUUCUUG